AUGCUUGAAAUAGUCGGUUGGCAAGAUUUAAAGGAUUUAUUUAGAAAGGCCGGUAAUGUGCAACGUGCAAAUAUCAUGCAAAGUCGCGAUGGUCGGUCGAAAGGACAUGGUAUUGUACUCUAUGCUACAGUUGCAGACGCACAAAAAGCCAUAUUAGAAUUUGAUGGAUAUGAAUGGCAUAGUAGGAAGUUAGAAGUUAGGGAGGAUCGUAUUGCAAACGAUUACCCUCCACCUCCUCCACGUACGGAGUGUGUCAAUAAUAUUGAUCAAACUGAGUCGGAAAACGAUAAAAUCACUUCAACUAAUGGCUUAUCGGUAUCAGUGAAUUCAAAUGAUAUCAAUGGCACCUCCUCAUCAACACAAUCUACUACAUCACCCGUAGACUAUUCUUCCAUUACAAAAAUUACAAAAAAUGAAAUUCUUAACAUGAAUGGUACAAAUAUUAACGGGAUUACGAAUGGAACAACAUGUAGUGAAGAAUAUACAGCAAAUAAUUCAUCUCCAGGGAUUAUUAAUUCUUCAACCUUACAAAGGCAAUUAUUUGUUGGAAAUCUACCAUUUCGUGUGAGAUGGCAAGAUUUGAAGGAUCUAUUUAGAAAAGCGGGGACGGUCAUACGCGCAGAUGUUGCGCUGGGAUAUGAUAAUAGAUCAAAAGGUCAUGGUACUGUGCUAUUUACAACUCUUGAAGAAGCAAAAAACGCGAUCGCUAUGUUUAAUCAAAAGCCUUGGCAAGGUAGAAUCUUGGAGGUACGAGAGGAUCGAGGAUUUGUUGAUCCGAACGUUCAAAAUAACGUUAAUGGACUAGAAGGUCUUAUCUAUGGAGCCCCUCAGCAAAAUUAUGCUGGAAAAUUACUUUUUGUUGGAAAUCUACCAUUUAAUUGUCAAUGGCAAGAUCUGAAAGAUCUCUUCCGUAAUGCCGGAAAUAUUAUUAGGGCUGAUGUUUCAACUAAUUAUGACGGACGAAGUAGAGGUUUUGGCACAGUGUUGUUCGCAACACCUGAGGAUGCUAGGAAUGCUGUUGGGAUGUACAAUGGCUAUGAAUUUCAAGGAAGGAUUUUACGUGUCCAUUUUGAUAAAUUUUCAUUUCCACCUUUUCCUCCGCAUCAUCAUCAUAAUCCACCUCCGCAUCCACAUUUGACCGUACAUCCACAUCAUAGACCGCCUCCUCCUCCACUUAUUCAUCACCAUAAUUUUCAUUUGGGUCAUCCACCAAUUCCUCAUCCUCAUUUUAUUCCUCCAACUCACAUGGGACCCUUUUCACCACCUUUAACAACACCAUCAUUAACUAGUCCUACACCAUUCCCAACUUCUUAUAAUCCGUUAGCACAUUUAAAUAACCUCCCAAAUCCGAAUACUAAUGCUACUUCUUCAUUUCAACCUAUUCCACUUGUUUCUUCAGUCGGUUCUGUUCAUGGGGUUGGAGCUAAUUCACUGCAAAACUUUAAUCAAUCAUCACAAAAUAUCUCCCAAGAUCAACCAAUUGUGACGCCAACAACGCAAUUUUCCGGUUUUGGUCCAAUUGGGAAGACUCACCAAUCACCCCAGAUAUCAUCAGCACUUUCUAAUUUUAGCGCAUUAGGAGCCUUUCCAGCACCUUCUUCAAAUACGACGAAUGGAAUUGCCAAUAAUAAUGGAAUUAACGGGACAGCAGAUGUUAAUAAUAAUAAUUAUGGUACUGGCAAUAAUCCAAUACACAAUUUAACAUCAAAUUUUGGAAGCGUUGUUCAUCCAUCGUCGUCCUCUUCUAAUGUGGUCAAAGAAACUGAUAAUGGUAGUAAAAAUGGUAUUAUAGGUUCAAGUUCUACCACGACUGAAGUAACAAGUAGCUCGGUGAAUACCGAUAAUAAUUCACCAAAUUCUGUUACUACUUCAAUGAUUGUCCCGUCUCAAGGUUUAUGGGAGAAAAGUACCUCGGCAAUGUUAUCUACUACAACAGUAUCUAAUGGAUCUAACGGAAAUGUUAAUUCAGGUAAUAUAAUGAGCAUAGGGAUGACAUCAUCCUUGACUGGAAUGACGGGACUUGAUAGUCCAGUCUCUCAGAUGGUAAUACCGACUCAAUCUGUAUUUGUAAGGAACAUAGACCAUCUCUCAACCAGGAAACCCGUUUCUGAAACUCCAAGUGCUAAUUAUAGUUUACUUUAUACACUUGAAGAUUCUCUUUCUCAUAAGAAUAUUAUUUUCAUUGGUGAUGUUCAUGGAAUGAUUAAUGAACUUUCGGAGUUAAUAAAUAAAAUUGGUUAUGAUCCUUUAAAAGAUCAUCUGAUCUUUGUAGGUGAUUUGGUAGCAAAAGGACCGGAAUCUAUUCAAGUUCUCAAGUUGAUCCAUUCUUUGGGGGCUAGUUGCGUACGUGGAAAUCAUGAUGAUAAAGUUUUGAGGUGGAAGAGUUUAUUAGAUUCUUUAGAUGCUCAAGGAAUCGGAUUAGAUGAAUAUAUUCGACAGAACAAUAUGCCUAAAGACAUGUCGGUGAAAUCCGAGCACAGAUUAAUAGCAGAGCAACUCGACUCGGAACUUUAUGAAUACUUUCUUUGUUGUCCUAUUAUUCUGAAUAUUCCAGAACAUGAUUUAUAUGUAGUUCAUGCUGGUUUAUUACCAGAUACUCCAUUGUUAGGACAAAAUCCUUUCGAUUUAAUGAAUAUGCGUAAUAUCAAAGAUGAUGGUAAAUCUACAAAGAACAAAAAGGAAGGUCAUGCUUGGACCAAAUAUUGGAAUGCAGCGCAAGAGAAAUCAUUAUCACCUAAAACGGUCAUUUAUGGUCAUGACGCUUCGCGAGGAUUGAAAAUAAAGCCUUACAGUUUUGGGCUUGAUUCCAGAUGCGUUUAUGGUGGCGAAUUAAGUGCAUUGAAAUGGAAUGAGAGAGAGAUCAUUAGCGUGAAAUGUAAACAAUAUGCUGAUUAA